AUGGACUAUGAGGUGGGAAGCUAUGCAUCCUCAGCAGUAUGUGAUGUGUUGGACUUCACCUGUUAUGAGGACUUAAUGGGUAAAACCUCACCCAUGGAGUUGUCAGUGAUACCUAAUGCUGAUGAACAGCAGCAGGAGAUAUAUCAACCUUUGAAAGUCUACUUGAGAGUCAGACCCUUCUCUAAAGCAGAGCUUGAAAGCAAUGAAUCUCAGGACUGUGUAAUUAUUGAAAAUCCAGAAACAGUAACUCUACAGGCACCCAAAGAAUCUUUUACAAUGAAAAACAGUGAAAAGGGGAUUGGACAGUCUGUACACCAGUUCACCUUCACUAAGGUCUUUGGUCCAGAAACUACUCAAAGUGACUUUUUUGAAGGCACAAUGAAAGAGAUAGUAAAAGCUUACAUUGAUGGAGCAAAUGGACUGGUGUUUACCUAUGGGGUUACUAAUGCAGGCAAAACAUUCACUAUUCAAGGUUCUCCAAAAGAUGGUGGUAUUUUGCCUCGUUCUCUUGAUAUGAUCUUUCACCACAUAAGAGGAAGACAAUAUCUGAAGAUGAACUUGAAACCAUACUUAAGCAAUGAUGUAAAGAAGCUAGAUGUGACACAGGUUAAACAAGAGGAAAUUAUAAAAGCUGCUGUUCUUGCCUCUCUGAAAGAGGACAUGGAAGAUACUUCGAAAUCUACAAUUCAGAGUGAUUCAUUAUGUAUCUUGGAAUCUGUGUCUUCUAGCAGCUGUACUUCACCAAGUCUGCCUUCUGACCCGCUAGUGGAGGACUCUGUUUUACUUCACGCCGAUGGGAGUAAGCAUCAGAGAACGCAGUCUUCAGUGUGGGUUUCCUUCUGUGAAAUUUAUAAUGAGUAUGUGUAUGACCUUAUGGAUGUAUUGGCUAUAUCAAAAAAUCAAAAACGCAAAGUUCUAAAAAUCUGUGAGGAUCAAGGAGGAAACUCUUAUAUAAAAGACUUAAAGUGGAUCAACGUUCAGAGCACUGAAGAGGCUUGCAAAAUACUAAAAAUAGGAAACAAGAACCGAAGCUUGGCUUGCACUAGAAUGAACCAGCACUCAAGUAGAAGUCACAGCAUAUUUUCUAUCAGACUACUAAGACUAAGUGAUGAGGCUGAGCCUUGUAUUCUUGGAGUUUCAGAAAUGUCUCUCUGUGACUUGGCUGGGUCUGAACGGUGCAAUAAGACACAAACUUUUGGAGACAGACUAAAAGAAGCAGGGAAUAUUAAUAAUUCUCUUUUUAUUCUUGGGAAAUGCAUUGCAGCACUGAAGCAGAAGCAGAAUCCUAAUGUGAAACACAGCUAUAUUCCAUUCAGAGAGAGUAAACUCACCCGCCUGUUUCAACCGUUCUUCUGUGGUAAAGGCAAAGCUUGUAUGAUUGUCAACGUUAAUCAGUGUGCCUCCACUCACAGUGAGACAUUACAUGUAAUGAAAUUUUCUGCUACAGCCAAACAGGUUAUUCAGACAAUCCACCCCCAAACCUUUGGAUAUUUUGCUCCAAAACUGGUUGGGAAGAAUGGCAAGCCUAUAGUACAUUUUGAUGCCAACAUAUCUGCUGAAGAGGUUCCUGAUGAAGAUAUAGAUACCUCCUCUGAAGAGGAAGUGGACAUCACCAUCAUGACCCAUGAGCUCUUGAAAACUACUGAGAACCUGAAGAAGAUGCUAGUUGCAGAAAGUCAGAGUAAACUUCUUCUUGAGGUGCAGAUACGUAAAGAGAUGGCAGAAGCCAUGUUUCAACAACUGUUGGAAACCGAGGAAACCUGGAGUAAACGCUUGGAAGAUAUGAGAGAAAGUUAUGAGGAAAAAUUGGAGAAUAAAUUUGAAAUGUAUAAGGAAGCUAUAAAGAAACAUGCAUAUAUGUGUGCAAUGAAACAAAUUGAAGACCACUAUGUUCCAAUAGAAGAGUUCGUAGUUGAACAAGAGAAAGUUGAGGCAUCUGUUGAAUCUGGUACUAACAAGGGAGAUGUCGGUACCAAUUUCGUCCACGUUGUCGGUGUACCAGGCCGCCACAUACCACCUCUACCUUUUCAUCCUGAUCUCACUGUUGGUCCAGGACUUUCCCAGGGUUGCGCCACCUCCAAUAUAACGAGCCACUGCACCUCUAUGUCCGUGGCCACUGCAUCUAGAUGCUGUCCUUCCUGUGGUGGGGAUGGAGCUGGUACUGGAAUUGGUGCGGGGGACCUCAGCACUAGCACUCUCUUCAGCCCUGCCAUGUUCAAUGCUGCAAGUGCUCUCAUGGCAGCUCUCACCACCUUUGUCGUUGGUGCAUUUGGAUGCUCCGUUAUGGCUAAAGUUGAGGACCAGUUGCCAGAGGCCUUGCAUGAGGAGUUCCGGAUGUUUGUUGUGGAAGGCUGCUUAGUGGCCAAAACAUUCCUGCAGCCCGCCCUUGAUGUUAUAGGCACCUUGGGUUAUGGCCUUGGCGGUCAUCCUCAAGCUCUGAAGGUGGAUCAGGUCAAGUUCAUCCUCAUUGCUCCAGUGUGGCAGGACAGAGAUAGGAAAAUAUUAGAGUUGCAACAAAAAUUUGGAGAGCGGUCAGAUGGAUUGUUGGCUUUGGGAAUCCCAAAUUCAGAUGUAUUGACUGCAGAAGACAAAGUGAAAUCAGAUCUUAAAUAUAAGGAGAUGCAGAGAACUUCAGAAGUAUUGCAGAGACAGUGCGAUGAGAAAGAUGAGCUUAUAAAAUCUCUGAAGCUUAAAAUACACAAAUUAAAUGAAACCUUACAAGAAAUGAAUGAAGUCUGCAGAAAAACAACCGAGGAAAACAAUAGACUGACACACAUGGUAAUGCUCAAGGAACAAGAAAUGAGAAGUCUUCAGAACUGGGCUAAACGUGUCCUUGAGCUUGAAGCGACAGUGUCUCUUCUGCAAGAAGAACUAGAUGAGAGCAAAAAGCACUUGUAUUCAGAAGAUCUUAAGAAGCAAAAACCCAAGAGAGGCUUGUUUGCUAAUCUAAAAUCUACAGUAGCAGACACUUCUAAAACACCUGUUGGCAAAACCUUGGGGAAAUCUGAAGACUCUCCAACUAUGUCAAGAAAACAAGCUACUUUUACACGUAAAGUAAAAGAAUAA